AUGGACGCGCCUACGCUGGUCGAGCACUUGAAGCACGAGGAGGAGGAUACCCAGAGCGGCUUCUGCCCUCGUUCAGGCAUCUUUCGCUCCCUCCACCGCCUCGCCCCCCGCCAUCGCCCUCCCUCCGACCCCUCCCUCGACGCUGCCUCCUUCGUAUUCUCCCUCCUCCCCUCUCAUGAAUCGACCCGCCCCGUCCUCCUCGACUCCACCACCGGCCGUCGCCUCACCUUCUCCGACCUCCGCCGCUCCGCCCUCUCCCUCGCCGCUGCCCUCCACCACGCCUUCGGCCUCCGCCCUGGCGACGUCGUCCUCCUCCUCUCCCCCAACACCGUUCUAUACCCCGUCAUUGUCCUCGCCGUCCUUGCCACCGGCGCCGUCCUCUGCCCCGCCAGCCCCCUCCACACCCCGCUGAGGUCGCCCGCCAGGCCCUCGACGCCGGCGCCACGCUCGCCAUCGCCGCUCCCGAGGAGGCCCACAAGGCCGCCGCCGCCAUCGGGGUCCCCACCCUCCUCACCGAACGGGAGCCAGGGGACCCCGACGGACCGCCGUCCGCGGAGGAGAUGA